UGGAGGCGCCCGAUAGAAUGGUAAAGGGCGGUGAUCUGUGCGCUGGCUGUAACUACCCCGUCACAUCGUCUCCCACCUUCCCACUCGUGAGUGGUCGCGUCUGUGGCACGCUUGCACCCGGGAGGGACGCGAGAGGCAAGGGCUCAGUGGUGCCUGAAGGGAGUGUUUGGGACUGAGAGGCGUUUCUUGUCACCUUUCUGCUGUACAUUCAACUACUUAGCUCAUUUGUCCGCUUGGAUAUAUGAUGGGACUCUCAGUGUGUUUGAAGUAGCACCCUUGUUGCCACCUCUCCGCCCGCUUUCUGCCAAAAAAACAAAAACAAAAACAAAAAACCCCAGCCAAAACCCGGACGAAACCUACUACAGUCUAACUACUCUCAGCAACUGGUAACUCCAUUCUUCCGGAUAUUCAGACCAAAAGCCUUGGAGUAAUCCUUGACAUCCAUCUUUCACACACCACCUCCAAUCAUCAGCAAAUCUUGUUAGCUCUACCUUCAAAAUAUGCCUAGAAUCCAACCACUUCCACUGCUGUCGCUGUGGUCCAAACCACCGUCAUCUCUGCCUGGAUUGUCGCCUUGUGAAGUUUAUCCCUGUGCUUGAUGAGAAUGGAUGAUGCCACAGUAUAUCGUAAUCAUAAAAAGGGAGCUUUAAAAAUAAUCUGUAAGCCCCUGGCACUUUAGAGCUAAAUGGGUCCCUUAAAGAUAAUCUAAUCCUAUUGGCAGUAGCAAGAGCACUGAGACCUGGAUUUUUUGUUGUGUUGAGCAAGUCAUUUAGCCAUACUGAGCCUUAAUUUCUCCAACUAGAAAGUGGAACUACCUACCUACCUGACAGAGUUGUUAAUGAUGAUUAAAUGGGAUAAAAAUGUGUGAUAUACUGGGUAGGUGCUAAACCAUUAUGUGUAAAAAUACUGUUAUUAGAAAUGAAGAUUCUGAGCUUUAGAGACAGUGGGUGAAUUACCACAAAUGCUGUAUAUAAUCUUACACAUUCUUAACUUAGAAUAUUAUAACAAAAAGAAAAAUAGGCAAAACUAAACUAAUGUUUCAGGAUGAUGAAACUAUAAAGAAAAGGAAGUGAUUGGAAGGGUGCAGUUGGGUAGGGGUCAAAGAGGACUCCUGGGUAGCUGACAAGGAUGUGCUAUUGAUGAUGGUUUGUAUUAUCUUUUGCUGUGUAACAAAUUAUCCCAACAUUUAGCAGCUUGAAUUAACUAUAAACAUUUAUUGUCUCACAGUUUAUGGAAUUCGUUAGGGAUUUAGCUUAGCCCGGACUUCCUUAAGAUAUAGUGAAGAUGCCAGCUCAGGCUGAGUCAUCUGCAGGCUUGACGGGGGCUUGAGGAUCCAUUUCCAGGUGGCUCGCUUGUGUGGCUCCCAAGUUCAUGCUGGUUGCUGACAGGAGGCCUGAGUUUCUCCCACGUGGAUCUCUCCAUAGAGCUACUUAAGUGUCCUCACUACGUGACAGCUGACUUUCUUCAGAAUACUGUUGCCAUAUGAAGUUGAACAUGGCAGAAGACGACGACUAUAUGUCUGACUCCUUCAUUAAUGUCCAAGAAGAUAUCAGACCAGGAUUGCCAAUGCUGAGGCAAAUCCGAGAAGCCCGUAGAAAAGAAGAAAAGCAACAGGAAGCUAAUUUGAAAAACAGGCAGAAGAGUUUAAAAGAAGAAGAGCAAGAAAGACGUGACGUUGGGUUGAAGAAUGCCCUAGGCUGUGAAAACAAAGGGUUUGCUUUGCUCCAAAAGAUGGGAUAUAAAAGUGGUCAGGCCCUUGGCAAGAGUGGAGACGGUAUUGUUGAACCAAUUCCUCUCAACGUCAAAACAGGGAAAAGUGGCCUUGGGCAUGAGGCAUUAUUAAAACGGAAAGCAGAGGAAAAAUUAGAAAGCUACAGAAGAAAGAUUCACAUGAAAAAUCAAGCUGAAGAAAAAGCUGCAGAACAAUUUCGAAUGAGACUUAAAAGUAAGCAAGAUGAAAUGAAGCUAGAAGGAGAUCUUAGAAGAAGCCAGCGAGCCUGUCAACAGUUGGAUACUCAGAAGAAUAUUCAAGUUCCCAGGGAGGCAUGGUACUGGUUGAGGCUUGAGGAGACUGAAGAAGAGGAAGAGGAAGAAAAAGAACAAGAUGAAGAUGAAUAUACGAGUGAAGAUUUAAGUGUACUGGAAAAAUUACAAAUAUUAACAAGUUAUUUAAGAGAAGAGCAUCUGUAUUGUAUUUGGUGUGGAACAGCCUAUGAAGAUAAAGAAGACCUGUCUUCAAAUUGCCCAGGACCAACUUCGGCAGAUCACGACUAAGAUUAUUCUCAAUAAAGUAGAAACUUGGAAAAUGUUAUUGUUUCCUAAAGAUAGACAAUUGAGCUGUUAGAAUUCCCCAAUUUUUGAUGCCAGUAAAGAAAGAGGGGCUUUGUA